AAACAAAAGGAGCGGAAUUCGCGCCUCUGGAUCAGCAGCUUUACAGUUAUCAGCGCAUCCCUGGUUUUUGGCGCGCAAUGCAACCAGCUGCAGUAGUUGAUAAAGAGUAAACAAAUGGAGCGGAUUUGCGCUGCAUUGGAACCGCAAUUUCCUUGCCGCGAGACGGUCAUAACAACUCUAAGCGAAUUAAUUGGGGACUGCAAUGAGAGCUAUCCGCCUGCCAUUUAUAUAUACGGCCACAGCGGCACAGGCAAAACCUCGCUGACCAAAGCUUUCCUCCAGCAAUGCGAGCAGCAACAAAAGGUGUGCAUUGCCCAGCUGAAUGCCAUCGAAUGCUAUACGACUAAAAUAUUGCUGGAAAAUGUGCUGGACGCACUGGCACACAAAGAGCAGCAGUUGGGUGCGAACCCGCUGCGUGCCGACAAUAUGCUGGAAUUUGUGGAGCAACUGCGUCGCUGGCAUGGAAGCAGCGCCCGAGGAUUCCUCAUAGCUGUUGACAAUGCGGAGCGGCUGCGUGAUAUGGAUGCCAACGUAUUGCCUGUGCUAUUGCGCCUGCAGCAGCUGACCAGUCUCAAUCUGUGUGUCCUGCUGCUCUCGCAGCUGCCCUUUGAGAAGUACUACAACAAGACGGGUCUCAGUGAGAUCAUCAGCUUGCAUCUGGCUCAGUAUAACAAGGCAGAGGCAUUGCGCAUACUCAGCAAUGAUUUUGAACAGAUGCGUCACCAAAUGCUGCAGCAACAACAGCUGACAGGCGAUGGCCAGCGUUUGGCCCUGUGCGAGCAAGCCUUGACGCCGGAAUUCUAUAGCAACUAUUUGAAUCUCUUUCUCAGUGUCUUUUACAAGGCCUGUCGCGAUGUGCCAGAGUUGCGGUUGACCGCCCGUAAAUGUUUUGCGAUAUACAUGCAGCCCGUGCUGGAUGGCAGCGUCGAGUGCACGGAUGUGUCGCGUCUCUGGCGGCACAUAGCUGGACCGUUGCGCUCGGCUCUAACCCAGAUCUACAUGCGCAUUGAGAAACCGCUGGGUGAGCCGAAUAUUGAGGAUCAGAGUGUACGCCAGCUGGCCCAAUCGCUGGAGCUGCCCUAUUAUGGCAAAUUUCUGCUCAUUGCCGCCUUCCUGGCCAGCCACAACUCGCCCAAGCAGGACAAGCGACUGUUUGUCAAGCAACACGGCAAGCAGCGCAAGCGCAUGCAGACGGUCAAUGCCAGAGCCAAGAAUGCGGAGAAGAUGUCCACAACGUUGGGUCCCAAAUCCUUUAGCAUUGAUCGCUUGCUGGCUAUUUUCUAUGCCAUACUCGAGGAAAAGGUGGGCCUUACCUGCAAUCUGCUGUCGCAAAUCUCCACGCUGGUGCAUCUCAAACUGCUCAGCUUUGUCUCGGGCGAGCAAAACAUUAUGGAUGGCUCCGCAAAGCUGCAGUGCACCGUGGGUCUUGAAUUUGUCAUUUAUAUAGGCAAAGUUGUUGGCUUCAAUGUGCGUCAAUAUCUAUGCGAUUUUAUGUAAACUUUUAUGGAUUGUAUUAUAACUAUUAUUAUCAUGUAUAACUGGUUAAGAUGUGUAUAUUAAAUGACAGCGUUGGGGAGUCAAUGCUUGGAUAGUAUCCAGAGCA